AGAGAGAGAGAGAGAGAAGAAGAGAAAAAAAGGUUAAGAAAAGAAAGAAUGAAGAAAAUUCAAUCAGAUCGAAUACAAUUUUGACGUCCGCAAGGACAGACACAUAACACAUUCCAUUCCCCCUUCUCUCUUUCUCGCUCCGUUUCUCUUUCUCACUCUACCGCUUUCUCUCCCUAGAUUACAUACCAGCGAAGAACAGGGCACACUUGAAAGUACAAAAUACGAACACCCACCCAGAACGCAUAAAGAUAGUCUUCUUUUCUUUUUUUUCCGUUUUGAUUCAGGGAAGCUAAGUGAGAUAACAACUUUUGUUUCAGUGAUUGGGUUUUGAAGAAGAAGAAUAAGGAGGAGUUGGAAGUAAAAGGGGAGCUAAUUGUUGUGAUUUUAGUUGUUGUUGUGUUAUGUUGUUUUGGAGAUUCUCGAAGACUAUUAUAUAUUUGUUACUGUUCAUUUUCAACUUUUGAGUUCAUGCCAAAGCUUUUCAAGUAUUGCUCGCCUAGCGGAGAUAGUACAACUCUAGAAUGUUCAGAAUCAAAGCUUGUUCCUCGGUUUUGGUUCUUUUUAGUUUGUGGCUUGUCUAUGGUAAAACUCAACACCAUAUGCUCAGGCACAAAACAUACCCUUUUCUGUGGGUGCACAACGAGGACUUGGAAGCCUAUAAUCUUGGAUGCUUGGAUGAAAUGCUAAUUGAGUUGAGCUCUUUGACCAGUUUUUCGCGUUUGGUUGUGUAAUUUUAAUUUUUGUUUGAAUUCAUGUCAUUUUAGAUAUAGUUGUAGUUUUCGCUGAGUGUUUGUAGAUUAUUGUUAUUCUCAAAAGAUGGUUCCGCCAGGCCAGGCUCCAAUUGGUGGUGCCCAGUCUGUUUCGCCUUCUCUUUUGCGUUCAAACUCGGGAAUGUUGGGAGGUCAGGGUGGUCCUUUGCCUUCCCAGGCAGCGUUCCCAUCCCUUAUUUCGCCACGGACACAGUACAAUAACAUGAAUAUGCUUGGAAAUGUUCCCAAUGUAACUUCACUACUAAAUCAGUCUUUUGGAAAUGGUGGUCCAAAUCCAGGGCUUUCUGGCCCUGGGAAUAAUCAGCGUGGAGGUAUGGAUAGUGGGGCUGAGUCAGAUCCACUUUCAGGUGUUGGUAACGGAAUGGGUUUUAAUGCUCCUUCAUCGUCGUUUGUAUCAUCGAACUUGGUGAGUCCUGGUUCAUCUGGUCAAGUUCAGGGUCAGCAGUUCUCAAACCCUUCUGGUAAUCAGUUGCCUGAUCAACAGCAGUCGCAGCAGCUUGAACCUCAAAAUUUUCAGCAUGGCCAGCAACCAAUGCAACAAUUUUCUGCUGCUCACAACACCCAACAGGUACAGCAGCAACAACAAUAUCAAUCGAUUCGAGGAUUAGCUGUUGGGCCGGUGAAGUUGGAGCCACAGGUGGGUAAUGAUCAACAUGGACAGCAGCAGCAGCAGCAACAGUUGCAACCGUUGAGAAACCUUGGUCCAGUGAAAUUGGAACCACAACAAAUUCCAACAAUGAGAAAUCUGGCACCGGUAAAAAUGGAACCACAACAUUCAGAUCAGUCAUUGUUUUUGCAUCAUCAUCAUCAACAACAGCAGCAGCAGCAACAACAACAGCAACAGCAACAGCAGUUCCUUCACAUGUCGAGGCAGUCCUCUCAGCAGGCUGUUGCCCAAAUGAACCUUUUACAGCAACAAAGAUACUUGCAACUACAACAACAUCACCAGCAACAGCAACUCUUAAAGGCAAUGCCUCAACAACGUCCCCAAUUGCCACAGCCAUUUCAACAGCAGAAUUUGCCUAUGAGAUCUCCUGUGAAACCUGUAUAUGAACCUGGGAUGUGUGCCCGGCGUCUGACACAUUACAUGUAUCAGCAACAACAUAGACCUGAAGACAACAACAUUGACUUUUGGAGAAAAUUUGUUGCUGAGUACUUUGCUCCUAAUGCUAAGAAAAAGUGGUGUGUGUCUAUGUAUGGAAGUGGCCGGCAAACGACUGGAGUUUUUCCUCAGGACGUAUGGCAUUGUGAGAUAUGUAAUCGCAAGCCAGGCCGUGGUUUUGAAGCAACUGUUGAGGUUCUUCCGAGGCUUUUUAAAAUCAAGUAUGAAAGUGGUACUUUGGAAGAGCUUCUAUAUGUUGAUAUGCCCCGAGAAUAUCAGAAUUCAUCUGGUCAAAUUGUUCUGGACUAUGCAAAAGCAAUACAGGAAAGUGUUUUUGAGCAACUUCGUGUUGUUCGUGAUGGUCAACUUCGGAUAGUUUUUUCUCCAGAUCUGAAGAUAUGUUCUUGGGAGUUUUGUGCUCGGCGUCAUGAAGAGCUUAUCCCGCGAAGAUUACUGAUACCACAGGUUAGUCAGCUCGGGUCUGCAGCUCAAAAAUACCAGGCUGCCACUCAAAAUGCAUCAUCUAGUUUAUCUGUCCCAGAAUUACAAAAUAAUUGUAAUAUGUUUGUUGCAUCGGCACGGCAAUUGGCGAAAGCUUUAGAAGUGCCAUUGGUUAAUGAUUUAGGAUAUACAAAGAGAUAUGUUCGAUGUCUUCAGAUAUCAGAAGUGGUUAAUAGUAUGAAAGACUUGAUUGACUACAGUCGAGAGACAGGGACUGGACCUAUGGAGAGCUUGGCUAAGUUCCCCCGACGAACAAGUGCUUCUUCUGGGUUUCACAGUCAAACACAACAGCCUGAGGAUCAGUUACAGCAACAGCAAUCAGUGGCCCCUAACUCAAAUGGCGAUCAGAGCUCUGUCCAGGCCAGUGCAAUGCAAGUUGCUGGUAGCAAUGGUGUGGCUAGUGUAAAUAACUCACUCAACCCUGCAUCUGCAUCCACCUCGGCCAGCACUAUUGUUGGACUUCUUCACCAAAAUUCUAUGAACUCUCGACAGCAAAGUACUAUGAAUAAUGCAAGCAGUCCUUAUGGUGGAAGUUCAGUACAGAUUCCAUCGCCUGGAUCUUCUAAUACUAUUGCCCAGGCACAAAACCCUUCUCCAUUCCAAUCACCAACACCUUCCUCAUCUAACAAUCCCCCGCAAACAUCUCACAAUGCCUUAACCGCUGCCAAUCACAUGAGUUCUGCAAGUUCACCAGCCAAUAUCUCAGUGCAACAGCCAGCUCUUUCUACUGAGACUGACCCGAGUGACUCCCAAAGUGCUGUCCAUAAAAUCAUACACGAAAUGAUAAUGUGCAGCCAACUUAAUGGUGGUGGUGGCAUGGUUGGUGUUGGUUCAAUGGGAAAUGACGUUAAAAAUGUUAAUGGGAUUUUACCAACAGGUAACAAUACAGUUCUCAACACUGGUAAUGGCUUGGUGGGAAAUGGGACAAUCAACAAUAAUUCAGGUAUUGGGAGUGCCGGAUUUGGCAACAUGGGUGGCGGACUUGGGCAGUCUGCAAUGGUUAAUGGAAUCAGAAAUGCAAUGGGUAAUAACUCCAUGAUGAACGGGAGGGUAGGCAUGACAACAAUGCCUCCGCGAGAUCAAAGCAUGAAUCAUCAACAGCAGGAUUUGGGGAACCAGCUACUUAGUGGUCUUGGAGCUGUUAAUGGUUUUAAUAAUCUCCAAUUUGAUUGGAAACCGUCACCAUAAAAGGAUCUACUGGAAAAAUGAUGCUUUGGGGUUGUUGAUUAUGGCUGCUUAUGCAGCAGCAGCCGGCAUGAGAAAGAGAAUCAGAAUCGGCAAAUUUGCUUGGCAGGUGGCCCUUUGCAGAUCACAACGAACGGUACAUGACAUAAUAGUUAAGGGCAUCCAUUCUCUCCCACUUUGUACUAAUUCGAAAAAGUAAAACAUACAGCAUAGUGUUUUAUCAAUGAAAUGUUAAGUCAUCCUGAGUUGCUUCAA